CUCCCCACGUGGUUCUCUGUUUUGGUCGUUCUUCCGGGUUCUCCACCUGCAGAGCCGUCUGACACCUCAGCUUUAUCUCACAUUUAUUUCGCUUACUGAAGAAAACAACAGUGUAACCGCAACAUAAUGUUUAACUUUAACAUUUUGCUCGCCAGCUAACGUGGAGGUUUGAUUUCACAGCCAGUAAUCAAGCUUCAGCGAGCAGGCUUCACAUCAGCCACACAGCCAUUGGAGCUGUAGUUGUCGACUAUGGCGGCUGUGGACAGCUUCCAGUUUCUGUACACAGAGAUCGCUCGCUCAUGUAAUUCGUACUUUGAGACCCUGGCGCUGGUGGGUGCUGUGUACACGGCCAGCAGAGCCGCCGUGCUGCUCAGGGACUGCUGCACCUUGGUCAGGGUGCACUUCCUGCCCAGGAUGAUGCCGAGCAGGAGACUGGCCCAGCGCUUUGGCCAGUGGGCUGUCAUCUACGGGGCGUCAGAGGCUAUCGCUAAAGCCUAUGCUGAGGAGCUGGCCCGGCAGGGCAUCAACAUUAUCUUUGUCAGCCAGGACAAUGCCGCUGUCCGAGACGCUGCCCUGUCCCUGUCCCAGAGCUACGGGGUGGAGACUGUUAUUGUCGAAGCCGACUUCACGCUGGGCCAAGUGGCCGGCAAGCCCGUCAAAGAUGCCUUGAGGGGCAAAGACGUCGGCUUCUUGGUGAACUGUGUCGACGAGUCCUUGGCUUUCCCUCAGAGCCUGAUUGAAGUUUCUGAGCAAGACCUGUUGGAUUUGGUGAACCGGAACGUGGCAGCCAUCACUCUGAUGACCAGGCUGGUCCUGCCGGGGAUGGUGGAGCGCAGCAGAGGGGCUGUGGUCAAUAUAUCAUCAGGAGCCUGCUGCCAGCCCUUACCUGGAAGAGUGACACUCUCCGCCUCCACUGGCUACCUGGAUCACUUCUCCAGAGCUCUUCACCUUGAGUAUGGCUGCAGGGGGAUCUAUGUCCAAAGUCUGAUUCCUUUCCAGGUUGCUUCCAGUGGACGACCACCAUCGGCAUCAUCAUCAUCCUCACCAGCAGCAGCAGCAGCACAUGGCUGGCUGGUACCAAAGCCAGAGGUGUAUGCUCGCCAUGCCAUUUCCACGCUGGGCAUUUCUCAUAGGACCACAGGCUACUGGCCUCAUACACUGCAGUAUGGACUGAUGAGGUGCAUUCCAGAGUGGAUUUGGGUGCCUGCGUCACGAAUGCUGCUCAGCUCAAGCUAAGAUCCCGCUUUUCCUCCGUUCAGCAGGAAAGACGCACUGCAGUUACUGGCUUUUUCAAUCACUGGAGUCUCUUGGUAGAAUUUAGUUUCUUUUGCCAAGAGUUUAUAGUAGGUCUGUUGGUUAGUUUCUCUGCUGAGGGCUGCAUUAGUCACAAGCCAUUUUGCUCCCAUUGAUUCCCUUUAUUGAUCCCAUCCUUGGGUGAUCUAGAGCCAGUCCCACAAGAUUGGGCCAAAUGAAUGUAUGCCACUAUGGUUAAAAGCGCACAUUUCUUAUCCACGUGUCAUUGGACUAUGGAUUGGAUUGGACACAAUUUGUGAAGUCCCAAAUCUUCUUUAGAUGCCAGAGAACUUGGGAAUUUCUUGAUGUCUUUUAUGGUCUGGAGUAGCUUCAUGAGAGGAUCCAAUUACACCCAAUUAAUCACUGUAAAAAAAAAAAAAAUCUUGAUGAAAAAUUGCGCAUUGUAGUUUACCAUCCCUUUAAGCACCUUGUUAAU